AUGGUGUCGGCGUUGAGAACCCUCCUGGCGAUAGCAGCCUGCCUAGGCCUGGCAGCUGCCCAGGACAAGCCCAACAAGCCCGAAAUCAACCCAAAGAUGGACGUCAAGAAACUGAUAGAUGGUCUUGAGAAGCACCUCAAGACGCCUAGGUUCGAGGUCAAGCCGUGGAAGGACCAAGGGUGGAUCCCCGAGCGAUGCAGAGAUUUCGAUAAGGGCCUCAAGGCCGAAGACUAUACGACCUUUUACGCACAAUACGAGGACUGUGAUGAACCCUGGGUCUUUUGCAGACACAAGGACUCCAAGGUUAGCGACAGGGACUUGGUAUAUUUGUUUGGAAAGAUGCCUGUCGAGGCUCGUUCUAUGGUUCGGCAUGUUAUUGGUGUUCCAAAACGAGAUGGCGUUGGCUGGGCCGGUCUGUGGACUGGUCCGGGAAGCGAUAUCAUCUUCGUCGACAAGCCUGGCAUCACCGUCGUGGCGCACGAGGUUGGCCACGCCCUCGACUACAUGGCAAUGCCCGACAAGUCAGACCACAAGAAGCUGCAGCCCUUCAGCGACACGCCGGCCUGGAAGGACAACGUCAAGAAGGACUCUGCCCUCCCGACCUCGUACGCCAACAAUGGCUUCCCCGACAACUUUGCCGAGAUGGUCGUGGUGGCCGUCUAUGACAACAACGUGCCGGAAAAGGCCAAGGGCCUGCUCAACAACGCGGCCGACGCCAUCAAGAAUCAGCUUUCCGAGAUGAACAAGGCGCUGGACAAGAAGUUUCUCGCCUACAAGACCGGCUCCAAGUGCCUCAAGCGCAUACCGCCCAGCAAGGCCGUCAACAAGAAGUCCAAGCGCAAGCGAGACAUCGACAUGAACGGAAAUCUCGUACCUCGCUCCAAUGACAGUGUCAUUCAGAUCGAAUCUGCUUUGGAAAAGCGGACCGAGCACCGGUGCAGCUUUCACUAA